GAUCCGGUGGCUAGAGUCUACCAACUCUCUCUCCCCUUUUCCGUCCGUAUCCCUUGAACUAGCGGGGUCUUUUUGAAACUGCCAGGACCUCCUGAUCUAGCUACUUUAAGAUUAUCAUGUGUUCUCCCGUGAAGCGGGUUUCUUACCUAAGCUUUAUCUCAGUGCACAGGUGUUCAGACGCUCCUUAGGCAGAAGAAGUUGGGGCCUUAAGUUGGGCCUUAGGCAAUAUUGUGGUUCGGGCACGGCCCUCAUUCUUCUGCGGAGAGAAGUGUAGAUUUAUUCAUGACACUGCUGGAAUGACGUCUCUCAACGAAUCGAUCCUGAGCAUCAGACCAAGCACACUCCAUGUGCAGCAAAGCUCAGGCACCUCACAGAUAGGUGGGCCAACUAGAGAGACCAACCACGAUGCCACCGAGAGGAAAACCCUAACCAAGGGACGGCAAAGACCGUCAAGAGACGAUAGAAUGCUGAAAGGAGUCGAUAAACUUAUUAAAAAUAUCUACAAUGAGUUUUCUGAGGUCCAAGAGGAAGCUUGUGAAGCAGUUGCGAUCAGAAACUACGAGUCCAUUGCCUCGUAUAGUUGGAAAGACAUCGAGCAUCCAACUAUAUAUGUCCCAGGCCUCCCUCCAAAAUUCACACCUCCAACCCUCCCAGUCCAACUUCAAAGAGACAAACUUACGCGCUCCAAACCCCGAUCUCCAGCAGCAGCAGUCGAUCCUCUCUUCGAGUCGCUCCUCCAGCAACAUCCUAAUUUUGACAUGUCCUCCAUACAUCUUGUGACCGACCGCAACAGUCUUCGCAAACUCCUCACUUUUGCUUCAAAUCGUUCCGAAAAAUGGCGUAUUGAUGUAGAUAUGAUAAAUAACACGAUGUUUUUCAACCAAUGGGAGGAAUUUCGGCUUAUGAUGAUAAAUGGACAUCAAGAUUCAGGUUAUGGUCAUGCUUUCGAGAAUUGUGUUACGGCUAGAGAACCGACACUAGAGGAUAGUAUACAUCAUGAACGAAUUGUGAGAUAUGAACUUGGGGGUUUGGAGUGUUUGGUCAGAUUCGAGGCCGACGCGUACUUGAAUGCAGAUGGGAGUAGAGAGCACUUGGCGAUCGAUCCUCCUGCGCCAAAGCCUUCGAGACCAGUCCUUAGACCGCCCUAUAAGCUCGUUCACGUUGUCUCUCGCGGUCAUUAUGUCGAUCCAGAUCUAAUUGCCGAGAUCAAAUCCUGCUCGACGCUCAACUUCAAUAUCAACAAGACGCUUGAUCAAUUGUGGUUUUCUCAGACAAAACACCUGUGUGUGGGCCGUCAUAAGGAGGGGCUUGUGACAGAGAAACUGGAGAUGAAGGAUAUGAGGGAGGAGCUUAAGAAGUGGGAAGCUAGUAAUCAGGAACAUUUGAUAAACAUGAUUCGUGUAAUCAGGGAGAUUAGGGAAAUCGCCAAGACCACGAGGAAGUGUACAGUUAUCUGUACGAUGAUCGACGGGGUGAAGUGCCUGAGUGUUUUCAACAGAAAGGGAGCUGACAUGGCAAUUCGUCCGGAGGUCGUGAAACGAUGCUGGAGGACUUUGGGAGAAGCCUGAGUCACUGUAGGGCA